AUGAAAACCGAAAUAAAGUGUCCGUAUCGAAUUGAUUUCACCUCGCCGAAUAAUAUCGGAUCUCUGUUGGGUUUUUCGGCGGGACGCGUACUGGAACCGAAUAAAUGGCACGUGUCCGACGAACCGACGAAUAUUAUGAGCGUCAACGUUAUACGCGUGGAAUGUAACGUCACCGCGGGAGCAUAUAGCAACGACAGGCCGGUUCAUACGAUACACGAGUUCACCCCGAACGUCCCACCGGGAUAUAAAAUAUCGGAAACGCCUACGCAUAUCAUUUACCUUCCGGUUGUCGCGCGGAGCGUUACGAAUAUUACGCUGCGAAUGGUGGAUCAAGACGGUCGUCCCGUUGAUUUUCGAGGCGAGGAGAUAACGAUCAGCGACGAGAUACGUAUACCUAUUCAACAACAGGACCUGUACACUCUGCCGUGCGAGAGCUUUCUCUACGUCGAGGGGAUAUUUACGGACGAUAAGCGUAAGUCGAGACUGACGAGCAAUUGUGUCGCUUUUAUGUUCGACGAAAUUCGUUACGAGUUAAACGGUGUGGAGAUCGACAGAAACGUGGGGAACGACCAGCACGAUCAAGAAUUACUUCCUUUAAAGAUACUCCUGGGUUUUUGCGAGGAUUAUCAACGCAUAGUGAUAAACGCGCGACACGAACUUAUCUUAAUACGCGCGCGCAACGACAACAAUUGCAUCGUGGCGGAAGAUACUUCCAUCGAGCCUAAAGUCGUUCUGUCUAAGGUUCAAUGGCGAAUGCCUCACGUGAUGUUGAACGACGUUAACAAAUUAUCGCUAUUACGAACGCUGGAGAGCGGUCGAUUCCUAAGCGUUGGAUUUCGUUCGUGGGACCUGUAUGAAUUUCCUCUAUUGCAGAGCACUACUAAACACUCGUGGGCCGUCAAGACAGCGGCGCAAGUGGAAAAACCGCGAUACGUUAUCUUCGCUUUGCAGACCGAGAGAAGAAACAUUCUUCCGAAAGACGUAUCUGUAUUCGAUCAUUGCAAUUUUACUAACGUAAAACUCUACCUGAAUUCGGAUUUUUAUCCCUACGAUGACAUGAAUUUAGAUAUGAAGCAAUACAAAAUUGCGGUACUGUACGACAUGUUUGCGAAAUUUCAAAAGGUAUACUACGGACGCGACGUCGACGAGGCCUAUCUAAAUGUAGUAGAUUUUAUGAAUUACGGUCCAUUCGUGGUGAUCGAUUGCUCUCGUCAAAACGAGGCGAUAAAGAGCGCCACGGUAGACGUUCGUAUAGAAUUCGAAUGCAAGGAAAACGUUCCGGCUAACACAACGGCGUACUGUCUGAUUAUUCACGAUCGCAUCAUCGAGUACAGCCUCCUGACUAAUAUUCUGCGGAAAAUUGUGUAA